ACUCACAAUAUAUUGUAUUCGUUACUGUUCAAAUACUUGCAAAGUAUUUAAGCUUUCAAAAAAGUAAGAAAUAAGAUCACGUUAAAAGAAAACACAAAGAAAUAUAUAUUAAGAUGGGUGAAUUUAAGCAUGGAAUAUGUAGUUGCUUUAAUGAUUGUUCAACGUGCAUCAUAACAUAUUUUUUGCCAUGUGUAACAGCAGGUAAAAAUGCCGAAUUUGUCAGUAAAAGUUGUUGUUUGUAUGGCUGCUUAAGUUUAACUUGCGUUGGUCCGAUAUCUAGAGCAUUAGUUCGUUCAGAUAUUCGUCAAAAGCUUAACAUCGAGGGAUCUUGUUGUGGAGAUUUUAUAUGUCAUUUGUUUUGUCCAUUAUGUGCUCUUGUUCAGGAAUCCCAGGAAAUUCAAGCGAAUGGUGGACCACCUGUAUUAUCGAUGGCAAGAGAAUAAAUAGCCUAUGAUCCUUGUCUAGUUUAAAAUGUUACUAUGUCAUCUCAUCUUUUUUUUUUUUUAAUUUCUUAUGUUGUAAAUUAACCUUCCAAACUUAUACAGGUGCAGUUAAAUAAUGAAAGGCAUUAUUCUAAACAAUCUGUAAACUUUCAAAGCCAAGGCUUUUAUUAAAAUUUCUUCCUUUUUUUAUUUUAUAAACAUUAGGAACUUUAGCGACGGUCUUUAAAUGUUUAAGUCUCUCUCUUUUUUUAGGUAACGAUUUUAUUUGUACAACAUUGAGCAAGCAUAAAUAUAUAUUUCAUAGUAUUUGCAUCUGCAAAA